ACUCAGUAUUCUGAAAUGUGUUUGGGCAAGGAUGAUUGGAGAUUUAUCAGAGAUUACGUUGAUGCUACCAGGCCGUUAUAUCACUGUACAAAGGUUAUGCAAGCCGAUCAUUAUCCCUUGUCACAAUUCUACAUCGACUGGUUGGUUGCCAUUCAGGAGGUCAGUAUGCUGAAAGGCAAUCCUUUCUCUAAUGCCCUUGUAUCAACAUGCACAAAUCGAUUGGAACGUCUUCGCAACAACAUGGCAUUUAAGGCAUCUUUAUAUUUGGAUCCGAGGUUGAACUUCCUUGAUUCUACAGUUUUUGAGUCUACUAAUGAGAAAGCAGAAAUUCAGAAUUUUAUUGCAGAUACUUGGAAACGAAUUCGCUCUCUAAGCCCAGUGGUGUCUUCUGAUGAAAAGGAACACACGAAUGCAUUUGACUUUAACGACAAAGUCGAUGAUAUAUUGAACAAAAUGUUUGGUGGGACAUUCAAUACAAGCUCUGACAAUUCUUCAACUUUUUAUAAUCAAAUAAGAGCUUUGGAUACACAGGAUCGUCAGCCCCAUACUUUCAAUGUGUGGAAACAAUGGGUAGCUCGUAAAUAUACCCACCCGGAACUACACUCCGUAGCUAUGGUUGUUUUGACUACACCGUCCAGUCAGGUAUCGGUUGAAAGAGCGUUCAGUGCAUUGGCGAUAAUCCUUUCUGAUCAGAGAACUGGUUUAGGAGCGGAAACCCUUCCUAAUAUUCUUCUAGUCAAAUUGAACAAGGAUCUUUCAGAUAAGGUUAUGUCAGACCUUUACAUCUGGAACGACACAAUCACAGAGAUGAAUUCAAACAACUAG